AGUACGGCGGCGAGCGGUCAAACGAGCAUCAGCAGCAACAGCAGUACGCAUACCGACGCUGUCGCGCCGACGGACGCACAGACGCGCGCGCGUGCUAGAUCUUCUCCGACCUCUAAUUGGAUUCCGUCCGAGGCCUUAUAAAAUCGCGAAGCGUGCGAGAGAAGAAGAAGAGGAAGAGAAGGCAGACGACAACGGAGACACGAGAUCGCGUGUGCGACGACGGGACGACGACGGCGGCGGCGGUGACGACGACGGAGACGAUCUCCUUUCCCGUGCGUUCGCGAGAACUCGCGAGAUCGCCGACCUACGACACGCUGCCGCGAAAAGCGGUUGGUUCAUAAGUGUUAACGCGUCCGCGGAAAGCAGAAGAACACGGGGGCAGACGGAGAGAAGGAGAGUGAAGGAAAAGGAGGAGGCUCGAGAGAAAUGAUGAAUAAGGAACAGGCUCACGAUGCCAAACAACAGAUCGCCACGAGUCCCGAGGAUACGGAAGACAUGCCUGCGGGACAACAGGGUCCGCAGGUACCACGACGGCGAGGCGGAAUCUCAGCGGAGCCGGUCUCCGAAGAGGAUGCCACCAGUUACGUCAAGAAGGUCGUACCUAAGGAUUACAAAACCAUGGCUGCCCUGAGCAAGGCCAUCGCCAAGAACGUGUUGUUUGCACAUCUAGACGAGAACGAGCGCUCCGACAUAUUCGAUGCGAUGUUCCCCGUGACCUUUCUGCCCGGCGAGGCGAUCAUUCGUCAAGGCGACGAAGGUGACAAUUUCUACGUGAUCGAUCAAGGAGAAGUCGAAAUAUUCGUCAAUGGCGAGCUGGCGACGACGAUCGGCGAGGGUGGCAGCUUUGGCGAGCUCGCAUUAAUUUAUGGAACUCCACGCGCCGCCACAGUUAGAGCAAAGACCGAUGUGAAGCUCUGGGGUAUCGACAGGGACUCCUAUCGUAGAAUUCUCAUGGGCUCUACUAUAAGGAAAAGGAAAAUGUACGAGGAGUUCUUAUCCAGAGUUUCAAUACUCGAAUCCUUGGAUAAAUGGGAAAGACUUACAGUGGCAGACGCUCUGGAGCCGGUGGCGUUCGACGACGGUGAAACGAUAGUCCGACAGGGUGAACCGGGUGAAGAUUUUUAUAUAAUCGUCGAGGGUACGGCGGGAGUUCUUCAACAACGCUCGGAAGGAGACGAACCUGCAGAAGUCGGUCGUUUAGGACCAUCGGAUUACUUCGGAGAAAUAGCGCUACUGCUAGACAGGCCCCGAGCGGCAACCGUAGUAGCUAGGGGUCCGUUGAAGUGUGUGAAACUGGAUCGGGCACGGUUCGAGCGGGUCUUAGGUCCGUGCGCCGAUAUUCUGAAACGCAACAUCACCCAAUAUAACAGCUUCGUGUCCCUUUCCGUGUAAACGGACUCGGUCUCUCCGCAUCCUCCCUCCUCUUCCUAACUCCAAUCUCGUCAUCGCAGGCACCGCUGCCGAUCAUCCCCGACUUCAUUUUCCACCGAAGGCUACGUUAUUUUGUCGUACCAUAGUUAAAUCUUUUUUUAUUUGAUUAAUAUUUAUAUAUAAGUGAAUUAAUGUAUUACGUCAGCUAUCAAUCAGAUGUGUACACGCCAUACACACAAAAAAAAACACAAACGGAAUCGUUAGAGAGACGCUGUUAAUAUAUUUACCGUAAGGCUAUUUACGCACUGUGUAGCUCGCGACUCGAUGCCGACGCGCAUGCGAAUUCAUAUUGACGUUGAUCUCUUCCGCGCGAUCUGUUCCUACUCGUAUAAGAUUCUCGUGCACAAGAAAUUAUUAAUCUGUUAACGUCUCUUUCAAGAAGCUAAAAAUCUAAUUUUAAAAACAAAAUUUAUAAAAGAAUCUGAAAAAGAUCACAGAUGAUAUCGAAUAUUAACAAUAUGAAUUAGAGAACAGAUUCUAAUUCAUAAAAUCAGGUUUCUUCUUGCUUGAAGACGCUAAUGAGUUAAUCCGGUUAAUGAUACGUUGCGUACAUCUCGCGUGCAUUGUAGAUCUUUGAUCGAAACCGAUACGAUGUAUCCCGACGUGGUUUAUAAUCGCAUUUUGAAGUCUACGUCGAAAAUGCAGGCGCUCAUUAAGCUCAUAUUGCACGAAUUCGUGAUCAAAUCACGUUAAAUUAUUCGAAAGCCAUUUUAAGACUUCUAUUACAUCAGAAAUGAAAAAUUGUAUUGCCUCCCGCUUUUGUUCGAUAGAAUAAAUUGGUGAAGUACUUUUUAUGCAUUCACGAUAAAUAAUUCUGUUUACAUUUAUUUUUUAUUUUGAAUGUAAAUCUCACAACAUCCGAUUAAACUUAGCAGAUUUUAUUUUAUGAAUCGAAAUCUUCAAUAAAUUUUACAAAUCUAUUCUAUCGAAUAGAAGUAGUGACAUGUAAAAAGCUGGAUUCUUUCAUUGCAAAUAUAUUGUAAGUAUUGUGUAAAGCAAA